CAUAUUCUACUCAUGAGAAGCGUGCAUGGAGAAAAAUACUACCAGCCUCAUUUGAUAAAUCGGAUACUCUAUGAGUGGUUGACUAUAUCAUUCCACUACUCACUCUCUGCUGUGGAAUGUGGUGAACUUACUCGGAAGGAUAAUGAAUGUGAACUUGCAAGGGAAAACCGCAGUCGUAGUGGGCGUAGAGGGCGGCCUAGGUAAAGCGGUGGCCGUUCACUUUGCUUCACAUGGAUGUUCAGUGGCUGUUCUUGGGAAGAACCAGGAAAAGCUUGAUGAAAUUACCCGGGAAUGUAUCAGACAUGGACUUGAUUCUAAACAGGUCUUGGCAGUCGAGUGUAAUCUACAAGUAGAAUCUGAUGUUGAGAAUGCACUUUCUCAGAUUUCGGACAAAUUGGGACCAAUGCACAUACUGGUGAACUGUGCAGUUGAAAUAUCUUAUGGACGAUUAUCCGAGUUGGCGCCCUCUGCGGUCAUUGAUGCGAUGCAAGUCAAUACCAUGACCACUGCCAUGGCAACGAAAGCAGCAGUAUCAUACUUGGAGAAAACGGAGGGAGUGGUCAUCAAUAUUUCAUGCAGUUGUGCGCAUCGCACGUCACCGAGUCUCGUAGCCUUUGGCAUGGCCAUGUCUUCAAUAAACUACUUCACACAGUCAACAGCUCUAGAACUUGCUCCAAAGGGAGUACGUGUCAAUGCUGUAAGUCCGUCAUUUAAUGUUUUUGAGAGUCUUUUGGAGCCUCCACCAACUGAGAUAUACGAAGAACCGCGGCAGGCACCACUCAAUCAACCUCCCCCUACCGUUGAUGACGUGCUGAAAACCAUCAGCUUUCUCGUAUCUGACGAGAGUCGAUUCAUAACAGGCGAGAUUAUCUGUGUGGAUAAUGGUCUUCAUACCGCCAAGGUGCCAAUUUAGAGAUGGUCAAUUCAAGGCUGAAUUUAAGUUCAAUGCUGAUAUCACGCUAAAUCAUAUUAAGAAGCAUUAACACCAUCAACAAAAUAUGUUAAAAUGCUAUAGGCACGGUAGCACAAGUUCCAUGUUUUGUUGGAUCAGCGCAGAAACAAAUUAAAUAACAUUUCAAUUUUUACUAAUUUGGAAAGAUGUCAAUCAGAUAAGGAGAAGAAAUGAAAUACAAAUUGAUAUUUAAUUUUUUUGUCAUGAAUAUUAGUCAGGUUCCAUGGAAUUUGCUCCAAUGGAAAAUCUACACGUAAAGCCAAACAUAAAAUCUAACCUACACGAUUAAAUAAAGCUUAUAAUCCUUAUCUUUACUUUAUUCUGAACAAAAAAAAGCUAUAUUACAAUCUUAUCAAACUCUAACACUGUGCACUGCAAAAACUCCGGUGUUGAUUUAACACCAGCCCGGAAUCUAUCACAGAAGUGUUAAACAACACCAGUUUUGGUAUUAGUCUAACACCGGAUAGGUGUUUAUUCAACACCAAUUGCUAUCGGUUCUUUAGUAAUGUAUCGGUUAGCAUCGGUUUGAUUCAAAACUGGUAUUGUUUCAAUACUUCUCUGGUGUGGACAUAGAUAGAUUCGGGGCUGGUGUUAAAUCAACACCGGAGUUUUUGCUGUGUGACAUCUGAGAUAUAAAGACCGGAGCAAACGUCCCAGGAGCAAGUAUCGUGUCACCAUUUGCCCUGGCAACAGUCCAUAGAAAUAUUAUCAUGUUAUUGUACGACUGGACUUAAACCCGAGUUAACUUAUGACAAGACCUACCGAUAUGUAAUAUAACAGAAUGACAUAUAAAAUGGAAAUAUAGUUGAAUAUCCACUGUGGAAACCGCCUCUGUAAAUGAUUGAUGAAUAGAGAAUUUUGAAAUAUAUUUAAUAAAACUAUUGAAAUUUGCCAGUUGGGGCACAUUAACAUCAUCUUCAUUGACUUAUUUGAUAGACUAAAAGUUCAAAAAUAUGUUCUUCAUUCAUUUCCACAAACAAAUAUUGCACUCAGACAUAAUAGAUCAUUACCAUAUGCACUUUGAAGAAUAUAAGAUAUUAAACUAGUUUUAAAGAUACGUCAACUAUAAAUGUCUAAUGUGACAUUGUAAAUCUGUCGCUUGCAAAUAAUAUACUAAUAUUUCAGAUCAGAAUUCGGAAAGAGAAUAUUCUCAAGAACACAAUGAACCGCUAUAUUUGGUUACAUUUUAUGUUGAAUUUUAGAAUAAAAUCACUUAAAAAUACAAUGUAUAGCCUCUUUACUUUCAUUUUUUUGGGGAAAAAAGAAUCGUUUCUGAAUACAAGGGUUUUUAACGUUUUAAUCUUGUUUCAAACUUUGAGUCACCAUGCACAAGCCAAGCAGUAGUGCAUGCAUAAAUCAUUAUCAAUAUCAUUGUUAUAAUAUUAUAACUAUCAUGACUAUUUAUGAAGAAGCAAUUUGAAAAGGAUGGCGGAGGCGUAC